CGCACGCAUCUUGACUCAUACAACAGAUAAUACCCUGCUGGAUUGUUUGGGUGUUCUCUUUUAUCGCGGUUAAUUAAUCGAGGACAGCAAGCCAACAGUUUAUACGUUUUUUUUUAAAAGAAUUUCAGACGAGUAUAUUUCAAGGGAAUACAAAGUAUUUUGUCCUGGACACGGUUUCAUUUUCUUUGAAGCUUCUGACAACUUCACCAGUUCUUUCCUUGACAGAACUAUAGUACGAGCCAAUGUGUGACCUCAGUAUGGACCAAGUGGCCCCCCUCUCUGCUGGCUAUCGCGGUGUUCUUAAGCGCCAGGCAGCAUUUGAUACAUUUGAAGACCCCAUGUCCCUGUUCUCGGGGUACUGCUUUCUGUCAGAUGAGGAGCAGUCCGUCCAGGAGGUACCCACAGGCCUGGACUCCAUCUCUCAUGACCUAGGGCCAUGCACUGUGCCCCUCCUGACCCCAUGCAGCAAAGCGGUGAUGAGCCAGGCUUUGAAGGACAGCUUCAGUGGAUUCGCCAAAGUGCAGCGUCGCUGUGGGAUUUCCGACAACCCCCACAUAUGGAGCAAGCAGCACGUGUUACAAUGGCUGCACUGGGCUGCAAGCGAGUUCAGCCUGUCCAAUGUCAACUUCUUCAAAUUUGAUAUGAGUGGACAGGAGCUCUGUGACCUGGGCAAGGAGCGCUUCCUUGAUCUGGCGCCUGACUUUGUGGGCGACAUCUUGUGGGAACACCUGGACCAGAUGAUGAAAGAUUAUCAGGAGAGAGAAGAGUCCCAGAACCUCAGUAGCACUGUGCCUUCGGUGUCCAGCUGGAUGACUAACAACUCUGUCGGAUUCAGCUUGGAGGAGACCCAUUGUGCUCUCCAGGUCCCAGACUGCAGCAACAGCCUGCUGAGGGAGCUGUUUGAGACACCGGACAAGACGACCCUCUUAACCCCAGAGCAGGAGUUCCCCAUUUUCUCCAAGCCUCGGCUGCACACUGUGAAUGUCAACUACAUGCCUGUCAGCCAAGACUUCUCCAGGAGCAACCCGGGAGCAGGGCUCUGCAAACCAUUCUCUUCCCAUGAGCAGAGCUCCAUGGAGAGCAUGGACAGCUUUGAGGGCUCCGAGUCGCUGCUCCGCUCCUGGGGCAGCCAGUCCUCCCUGGCCGACAUGCAGCGAGUUCCCUCCCACGACAGCUUUGACGAUGACUUCAGCUCAGUGCCCCUGAGCCUGGGUAAACAGGGGCUGUCCUUCAAAGACUACGUGCAGGAGAGGAACGAACCCGUGGAGCUGGGCAAGCCUGUCAUCCCUGCCGCUGUGCUGGCUGGAUUCACAGGAAGCGGCCCAAUCCAGCUGUGGCAGUUCUUGCUGGAGCUACUGACAGAUAAGACAUGCCAAUCCAUCAUUAGCUGGACCGGGGAUGGCUGGGAGUUCAAACUCAUUGACCCUGACGAGGUCGCCCGACGCUGGGGUCGGAGGAAGAACAAGCCCAAGAUGAACUACGAGAAGCUGAGCCGCGGCCUGCGCUACUACUAUGACAAGAACAUCAUCCACAAGACGUCGGGCAAGCGCUACGUCUACCGCUUUGUCUGUGACCUGCAGAACCUGCUGGGGUACUCCGCUGAGGAGCUGCACGUCAUGCUGGGAGUCCAGCCCGACACAGAGGACUGAACCGCCAGUGCUGUUCUGGCAGGUGUAGGAGAAGGGGCAGUUUCUGUUGGUAGAGGCCUUCUGAUGUUCACCGUUAAUGGUGAGCACGUAGCUCACACAACAUGAGAUGUACUCUGUUGAGAGUCACCGCAUUGGUGGAGACAGUGGACAGGUGGUUACCCUCUCCAUUUUUGACUGUGGAGAGUUGAUCUUUGGAGACUGCUGCAGGGGAAAGCGUCUCCUGUCUUUAAUUCUAUCUCUUACAGCAGCAGCAGGCCUCACUGCGCAAACGGGAUGAUGUUUCCCAUACUUCUCUUGAGCUGCAAGUGCAAAACAAUUUGCGCACAUUAAACUGAGGUUAGCUCUGCACAUUUCAGAGAGGUUAAAAAGCUUGCACAGGGGAUAUGGGUGGUGACUGCAAGGUUUCACACUGCGUAAUGCACAAGUAUUUGGAAGUAGGUUAUCUGCAGACAGUUGAAACUCUACGAUCCCACAAGUCGCAUUGGGGGUAUGCUUUUUCUCGUCUAGUGUGUUGGUAAUAUAGCAAUUGUACCUUGGAUUUUGUCAGCAUAAGCACUGUCAAGUUCAAUGAAUUAACCUUCAGAGGGAAGAACGUGCUUUCGAUUUUACAGAUAUGUUUACGUUGCCUUCUUACAACUUUUGUACAAAGUGCUUUAUACUGUAAUGCUAGCGAGCUUGCAAUCCAAAUUCACACUGGCAUGUCUAUGUUGAUAUGCCUGGCACUGUGUCAGAUGCAGUUGAGAAACUGCAUUUUUUCUCUUCUAUUAAAGAGAAUUAAUUCAAAUCAAUUUUGCUUUCUGUUGUCAAAGAUGUAUAUUUGAUCAUAUGAAAUGAGUUUCUAUUAUGGUGUGUAAUUUCAACUGACAGUGUUAAAAAUUGAAUACCACCAGUUAUUUUUACAUCAGUUGUACACCUAUGUAAUUUAUUGUUUGGAUUGCAGUCAGUCUGUCACAGUUCAGUGUUGCUGCUUUUCUCUCUUUCUCUGUGGCCAAAGCGACAUAUGGAUGUAAAAAAGUACAAGAUUUUUUUGUAUAUUUCAUUGUAUUUCACUCUGUGCCCCAUGUCCCUGUGCUAGUCACAGGUAUAGACUAUAUUAAGUGUAAUUACAAUAAGUGUUCAGUAAAUAUUUAAUGAGUGAUGUAAAAUUGGGUGAAACCAAUUCUUUUGUCUCAGGAGGAUGACUUUGUGUAGGAGAUGGUUUUGAUCUGUAUGUAAAUAAACCAGAAGCAGUUCAAGAACCUUGUUUUACUGUGUGCCUUGAUCCAGACAGAAUUUUCUUGUCCUUUCUGGAUCAGGCACUUUCUGUCUUAUUUGUAAGUGAAACUGUUCACCUCCUCUUAAUGCAUCACAUGUGAAAUAUAUGUGAAAUAUAUCAAAUGUAUCAAUUAUAAUAAAUUUAAAAGCUGUCAUUUUUAAUGUUUGCUGGUCGAAAAGUAGAUAGCUUAAAGUUACAGACAAGUGAUGAUGGGUAGCAGAGCAGGAUAUGGUGGAUUGCACAGUAUGUAUAUCCAUCUAAAUCAUGUCUUGUUUAUUAACGAAUUUGUUUUAUUUAUUGAGAUUACAGACAGAUUUUUUGUAUGACAGAUUUCCUUGCGUGAGAAUGUAUGGUUAUAUUUUGAAGCACUGUAUAUUAAGUAAUCUUUCAUGAUUGUUAUUCAUGCAUUUUAUCGGCAGAUGUUUCAUUGAAUUCAUCGUUAUUUGGUAUGCUACUUUUUUAGCAAACAUUUAAACAUCUAAUGGGUACUUUCUUCUUUUGACAAUAAAGGUAUUUGUGGUGAUACUGCUAAAAUUUGAUUUUAAGCAAUGGUGUUUUCUGUGAUAUUUACCCAUCCUAA